UCCACCUCUCUGUGCUGCUCCAGCCUCUUCUCAGAAGUGUGAUGCUCUGCAGUGCUGCACACUGAGGCGACUUCCAUCAGCUGUUUAUAUCCGGACCAGAGCACGCAGGAAGGAGCUGCUACAUCAUCCAGCCUUGGCAGGAGUUGGAUAUGCACUUUUCCAUCAUGCUCAAGUCUCUGUUUGUGUAUGGAGUGCUGGGAGUGCUGCUGAUCUCAGUAAAAUCUGAACUGAUCACCGUGUGCGUCGAAGAUGACGACGACCUGAGAGUUGACUGUAAACUCGAGCCAACAUCCAACAAAAUCAACAGCUAUGAGUUCUCCUGGUCCUCUGGAAACAAACAGACCCUAAUUAAUACCAACGUGUCCGGUUCGGCAGCAGAGGCAAAGUUUAAAGGCAAAAGUGACGUGGAGGAGCUGGACCCGCACGGCUACAGAAUGACCCUGAGAGGCUUCAGAGACAGUCUCCCACACAACACCACCUACUUGUGUAAAAUAUCCGGGGCGAAUGCCAACAUCACUGUGGAGAGAGAUCAACUCGCCCGGUGUUCGGCUGUGAGUGUGUUUCUGAAGAGCUCCUGUUCUUGGCUGGUUUGUCUGCUGCUCUUCUUCUAUCACACACACAGCUAAAACAACAAAAGCAUGCAGGCUUGUGCGGGCGUACACACACACACACACAUCUAACUACACCUCCGCUUCUGUCCGCAUCCACACACAUCCCCAUCAAUAACACCACAUGCUGAAAAGAUGUUGUCAACAACUUUGUCUCUCCUUCUUGUGUCUUCCUCCCACGAUCGCUGAAACAGUAUUAAAAUGUUUUCAUUAAUGAAGAUGACUCAAAGAUGAUUCAACAGAAAUGUUUAGAGAUUUGCUUUUUGCUCCAAAAAUGCACACACUGUAUUGAUGUAAAUACACUGAGUAAACAUGAAAAAAAUUACUGCUGAAGAUGCGGCAUUUGUUUUCAAUAAAGGGAUGGUAUUUAAAGUCA